UCGGAGUCUCCUCCUGCGGCCGCCAUUUCGCCUGAGCAGGAGGCAGAGGCGAAGGGUUAGGGAGUGUGUGAGAGAGCGAGGAUGGAGGCGCCCCCUGACUUACCAUUGUCCACGCACGUGAUCGAGAGUCCGGUUAUCGAGGAGCCCGCUCCAGUGGAGUUACCGCCAGUAGUGUCGUGCGCGAGCGAAAGGAUGGGGGCUGAGGCGACGACUCCAGAAGGUCAGGGGCCGCGAGCAGGAAGAGCCCCAAGAGAAACCCGCCAAGAAAAGUACGCCCGAGUGCAAGUCCGUCUGGACGAAAUACACGCGAAACAGACCGAGAUGGAGGCGGCAGGGAUAGAGCCGACACCGCCAGUCGAGCCCAAGACGAGCGAGCAGAGGAUCGACGAGUUGUGGGUUAGGUAUGAGAGCCAGAGGGAUGCUGCCCGCCAGAGGUCACGAGAGGCAGGACGGACAGGCGAGGAGACGAGUGAGUUGAGGGAGAUGGGAGACGCGGGAUUUUCUGCGACCAGGAUGGCGAUUGAGCGCAUGGAUCGGAGGGUAUGCGAGACGACAGUCACAUCUUUCCAGUGGUAUAAUCUACUCAGCAAUGAGCUCCGGGUCAAAGAGUUGGAGAUAGAGCACCUGACUACUCAGCUUGCCGAGGAGAGGGCGAGGAGUCAGGCUAGGGAGGUUGAGUGGGAGAGGAGAUUUGGGGAGAUGGCGGCCGCUGUGGAUAGGCUCUCGGUAGCCUGGGAGGCUAGCCAGAUGGGGCGAGCCGGUGCCGAUGGCGAGGGCCGUGGGAGGCACGCGUCGCCGAAUCAGAGAGUAGCAGUGGAGGUCCCUCGUCAGGCUGAGCCGAUGGAGAAGGCGUCCUUGGACGCAGUCGAGGAGGAGAGUGGCGCGCAGGAGUCGCUUAUGGCUAUGUCCACGAAGAGGAGAGGUUCGCGCCUGCAUAAGCUAGCGGCAGCCAUGGGGAUAGGCACUCCACAGGAGGGGCCUCAGGGACUUGACGCUCCAGAGCAUGCCCCGAGGUUGGGAGAGUUGAGGGGGGAGCUGGGCUCCUGGGCCAUGGGGGCAGACUCAGGAGGGCCUGACUCGCGACGACAACAGCAGCAGGAGGGCAUGAGUGAGCCCGCCGCUAUGGGGGGCUCUCAGCCGUCAGAAGUAUGUAGGGAUGAGGCGAUGAUGACAGAGAGGGCGCAUGAGGAGGGACCCCGAGAGUUGGACACGCCAGAGUGCGGCUGCACGAGGGGGUGAGGGUGCUGAGGCUAUGGAGCCUGGACCUCA